UUUCACGCUGAUCAUGUGCAAGCCGCUUUAUUCCAGAAGGUGCCGUGACUGGCCCCAGAAGUGCACAGUCCUGGUCCAGAGUAGGACCCAAUCAGAGCUGAAUUUGCGCUGGACAUUUCACUGCGUAGCAGACCAUAGCCAUCCAGGCAACGACCUGAUCACUUCGCUUUCACGAGGAAGCCGCUACCGCUGGGAGCGCUACCAAGACAGGCAGGCCUGUUGAUACCCAAGUGACUCCUCCUUGAAGAGAUUCCGUGGAGUGCCUGUGACAAACUCUGCACUGGAGCUGGUGCUGUUGGGAUCAGAGAAGACUCUUCUAAACCAAGAUAUGGACAACAAUUUCCAGAUGGCAAGGCAGUGACUACGGCGGAGCCCUGUCGCGCCCACAGCGCCCCCUCUCGGCCCGGGCGGCCCACCAUGCCCCGGCCAUGAAGGGAUACCAUGUGAGCCGCAGCCUCUCCCAGCAUUCCUCAGCGCCAUGCCACUGCAUGCCCGAGGACUGCGAGGUCCCGCGGGACUACAUGCCCCGCCCGCCGGACCACCGCGGCGCCGCCGAGCACUACCAGGGGCACGGAGAGCACCCCUACUACCCCCCGGGGGCACCCCCCGAGCCCCUGGCCCUGCCGCCCUCCGGAGGGGGCACCUUUCCCCGGGCGCACCCCAGCCAGCAGGCCUACGACUCCUGUGAGGAGUGCCUCUCGUCCGGGCAGGGGGGGCACCCGCCAGGGGGCAAGGCGCACCGCAUCCCGCCGAACCUACUGGACCAGUUCGAGAAGCAGCUCCCCUUCCACCCGGACGGCUUCCACACGCUGCAGUACCAGCGCACGGCCAGCGGGGAGCAGCGCAGCGAGAGCCCCAGCCGCAUCCGCCACCUGGUGCACUCGGUCCAGCGGCUCUUCGCCAAGUCGCACUCGCUGGAGGCGCCGUCCAAGCGCGAGUACAACGGGACGCGCUCCGAGUACCGGGAGCGGGGCGGCGGGGGCCACCGGGGCGGCGGGGGGGAGGAGCCGUCCCCGCACUACGGCACCCAGCACGUGUCCCGCUCGGCCCGCCGGAGCAAGAGCCGCGAGCGCAGCAAGAGCGGCGACUACCGGCGCGAGGCCCGCCACGAGCCGCGCCACCGCAGCCGCACGGCCGGCUGGUGGAGCUCCGACGACAACCUGGACAGCGACAGCAGCUUCCUGGUGACGGCGGCCGGGCUGGCCGCCCGGGGGGGCCGCGGGAUGAUCCAGGCCCACGAGUCCCUGGACGGGGCCAUCCAGGACCUCACCCUCAAGGCCCUGAAGGCCAAGGGAGCCCCGGGGGAAUGCCUGGCCUGCACCGCCAACGCCGGACACUCCCUCAAGAGGAGCACCUGGUCCACCAUGACCGUCAGCCAGGCCCGAGAGGUGUACCCCCCGCACAGGGCCGGCUACGACAAGGCGCUGGUGCCCCUGGAGUCGAAGCUGAAGGAGCGCAGCUACCACUACCUCCAGGUCCCCUCUGAUGAGUGGGGUGGGGGGUAUCCGGGCGGGGGCGCGGACAGCGGAGGGGAGAUCCCCUGCCGCAGGAUGCGCAGCGGGAGCUACAUUAAAGCCAUGGGGGACGACGACAGCGCCGAAUCGGACGCCAGCCCCAAGGCCUCGCCCAAAACCGCCAUCAUCGCCCAGAGAGAGGCCUUCCGCCGCUCCGUCAGCAUGGACCACCGCUCCUCCAGCUCCAAAUACUCCUGUAAACAGUGCACUGAUGCCUACUCCAACAGCCGCAGCACAGCCAAGGGACACACGCGUUCUCGGAGCUACACGCGUUCUCUGACCAGCUCACAGCUGGGAGACGCGCUGAAUCGGCAGUUCGAGGCGGUGUGCGAGACGGUCUUUGGGGAGAUGGAGUCCCAGGCCGUGGAGGCGCUGGACCUGCCUGGCUGCUUCCGGACCCGCAGCCAUAGCUACGUGCGUGCCAUCCAGGCCGGCUGCUCCCAGGAUGACGACUGCCUGUCUGUCUUCUCCCUGUCCGGCCCCCAGGGAGGGCCCAAGGGCGGAGCCGUGUUUCCCCACAGGAAGGCACCCCCACCCCUCCCACCCCGGAUUUCCAAGCCCCUGAUUUCGGUGACAGCACAGAGCAGCACGGAGUCCACUCAGGAUGCGUAUUUCCAGAGCACGGGGCAGCCGGCUCCAGGACGUCCCAAACAGCACAGCAACUCCUUGGAUGGCCUGGAAGGGGGUGGGGGGCGGUCCUCCAGGGCCGAAUACUACCAGGGGGCAGGCACCGGGCGCACCAAACACAGCAACUCGGCCGAGAGCCUUGACGGGCCAAGGGGGUCCAGGGAGACCUCAUACCAAGGGGGGCCAAUGAGGGCCAAGCAUAGCAGCUCUGCCGAAAACCUGCUGGAGGGGGGUGGCAGGGCGUCCCGGGACAGGGUGGGAGGCAGCCUGGGGAAGUCCUCCUCCCUCCCCCAAAACAGCGUGUCACUGAGCAAGGGGCCUUCUGGGGGAGCAGAAGAACACAAGCAAGAGGCCCGCGGGCGCAAGUGGAGGCCCUCCAUCGCGGUCCAGGUGGACAGCUCAGAGACUCUUUCGGACUCAGACACAGAAAGCAAAGUGCUGCGGGAGGUGCACUCCAUCGGGGUCCAGGUGGAAGAGGAUAAGAGACGGGCGCGCUUCAAGCGCUCGAACAGCGUGACGGCGAGCGUCCAGGCGGACCUGGAGCUGGAGGGCUUCCCGGGCGUGUCCACCCAGGACAAGGCCCUGCAGUUCGGCUGCUCCUUCCAGCGCCACUCCUCGGAGCCGGAGUCGGCGGGCCAGUACGCCGAGUACCGCACGGUGCACACGCAGGGCCAGUGGGCCUACCGCGAGGACUACCAGGGCGGCUACGCCACCGAGCCCUGCCCCGUGGACCCCCGCCUGCGCGCCCACUCCCCCCUGCCCCUGGCCGUGGAGCGGGGCUGGUCCGAGGGGCCCCGCAGCCUGCCCGACUCCGGACGGGCCUCGCCCUGCCUCCGCGACGGCGAGUUCUUCCUCCGCCUGCUGCAGGUGGAGGUGGAGAGGAUGGAGGGGUGGUGCCAGACCAUGGAGAGGGAGGCGGAGGAGAACGACCUGCCUGAGGAGAUUCUGGAGCUGAUCCGCAGUGCCGUGGGCAGCGCCCAGCUGCUCAUGUCCCAGAAGGUCCAGCAGUUCUUCCGGCUCUGCCAGCAGAGUGUGGACCCUACGGCGUACCCCCAGCCCAGCUCUCAGGACCUGGCCGGGUUCUGGGACCUGCUGCAGCUGGCUAUGGAGGACGUGCGGGUCAAGUUCCAGGACCUGCAGCGGCUCAAGGACUUGGGCUGGAGGCUCCCGCCCGACAAGAAGGAGGAAAAGAAGCCUCCUCCCCUUUUACCAAAGAAGUCAACAGGAGGUCUGAGUGUGGGCAGGGUUGAAGGUGUGAGUACUGGAGGGGGCGGGGCCGGGGGAGGUGGGGUGUUGGUGGUGACCCGUGGUGGGCGGGCCCUGCCCCUGCGGGAGAAGUCUCUGGACCUGGGCGACCGGCAGCGGCAGGAGGCGCGGAGGAGGCUGCUCCAGGCCAAGCGGGCCGCCUCCUUCCGACAGAACUCCGCCACGGAGAGCGCCGACAGCAUCGAGAUCUACAUCCCCGAGGCCCAGACUCGGCUGUGAGCCGCCCCGCCCCGCCCCGCCCCGACACCCGGGCACCAGGCUCAGCCCCUCCCCCGAACCCCCAACCCCAACCUACAAAGAACAGGAUAGGGUGACAAAGGCACACUCCCCCUUUGCCACUUUCAAUCAUGUACAGCUGAGAGGGUUAAAGAGAACCUGACAAGAGGGCUCAUAUUUUCAUUUCUGAUCAAUCCUGGACAAAACAAUAUAGGAUCAUUUUUUGUUUGUUUGUUUGAUAAAUUUGCACACUGCAUUUAAAACCAGGAAGUAGCAUUUUUUUUUCAAUCCACAUAAGUGUCACCUUCAGAGAGAACAGAGCUGCACCAGCAGAACCUCAUUAUCUGUGUAUUAGAUGGUGGACUUAUGGGAGAACAGAAAGUGAAGUUAAAUUUGCCAACCGUUUGAAGGAACAGAGAUUACUGUUCUUGUGCGUGAUCACGUUUACAAAGAGAACUUAGCAAGUCAGACUAAAAAUGUGGCAAGGCUUUAUUUUUUUAAAAUUUUGUUUCCUUUUGGUGACAAUGAUUAUUGGUUUUACCUCCUGCUGUGACUUCCCUCUCACUGUGAAAUGAUUGCGCCCUCCGGUGGCCAAAUCACGCCACGACUAUAAGACUCGCCAUUGACGCUCAGGCCUGCCUCAACCAAGUGCAGUAUUUCAGCUCAGCUCCCCCUGACCAGUGCACCACGAGGACAUCCCUGAGAGUACAGACAACAUUCGCUUUGUUUUCACUUUGUGUUUUCUCCAAUGCCUUUUUCACACUGCAAUUUGGACUCUUGCUGUUUUAUGUAGUUUACAAAGAAAAGAAAAGAAAUCAGGAAGUGGCAUCUCCUAAAAACCUCCAACAAAGGAAGACUGUCAGAAAAAGGCCUUGUUUCUGAUAUCUCAGCUUCGUGCUGGCUAUUUAGUGACCACUGAGAAAUGCUCUGGGGUUAGUCAUGCAGUGAUGUAGCUUAAACAGCAAUCUUAGGAAAAUGUAGAACGGUAUCCAUUUGUACCGAUUUGUGUCACAGUAAGCUUUCCAUUACUCUGGUCUUCAGCAAUUGAACAGGUAAAGGGGAAAGGAGUGUCUUUUUGUUUGUUGCUUUUUCCCCUUGCCGGCUGUCUUGUUUGGUAAUGUUCGAAAGCUGAAAAUUUGUGAUCUUGACAAUGCACCCCUAAUUUUCUGGUCUUUAUUCAGACCAGUUUUAAAUUUCUGCAUCCAUAAAAGUCAUGAAGAAUGGUACAAGUAGCUGUGCUGGUGAUUUUGCGAAUGGGUGCAUGUUUUGCUUUGGAAAUACUUUUGGUGUAUUGGCUUUUUUUUCAAAUGCGCCACGAAAACCUAAUUAUAAAUAUAAUACUGCGUUGACAAGGGAAAAAAUCCCUGGAAAUGCUUUCCUCAUAUCACUGUGGGGUAUAGUUAUAUCUUUUGGGAUAUGCCAAAAAAUCUAACCACUAUCUUUGAAAUCCCAUGCAGUGAUUUCAAGCGGUUUUUUUAUUGCCACAGUUCUCUUUGUCAGCACCUGCCCUCUUGUGGACAGAGUACAUUAUAGCAAAGAACAACUACUGUAGUCCCAGAGCAAUUUUUUUGGAAAAGAAAAAGAAUUAUUUGCAUGAAAAACUGGGAUGUCUUUUAUAAAUUUGAAACUGAAGCUCAAAUGGAGUAUUUUAAUGGGAGAUGUAUAUUUUAUAUUGUUAUCUACAUUUUUUAGAUUAGUAUAAAAUAUAUGAUUAUAUAUGUAUAAAGAUUAUUAAACAUUAUUAAACAUCACAGAGACAUAUGUAAUAUAACAUUAGCCAAGUGAAGCAGUCCUUAUUCGAUGGCAUAUCAUGAUUCAGGCAUGCAAGAGAGGAGCUCGGCUUUCUCUUUUGGGCGGAUGGGUAUAUUUCAGUAGUGCGGUUGUCCAGGUUCACAGGGUUAAACUGUGCCGAUCACAGUCGCCAAAUGUGCUCUCUGCUUUAUGCUUCCUGUCCUCUUUCUGGCUCACUCUUUCUGUGUCUCAUGGUUGUGAUACAUCACAUCCCCAAAAGAGAUGGAAAAUGAGCAGGGAGGCCAUCGCCCUUGUGACUUACUACCUGUAGUAUGCACCGGGAUUUUUGUUUGUUUUCUACACAACUGACAACACGUGCCUGAGGACAGCAAUGCGUGCGGCUUAUUUCAUAUGACUAUAAUAACUUAUAUUGUGGCAGAACAAAUAUGUACAUAGAUUAACAAUAUUUAGAGAUUUUUAAAUAGAAAAAAUAUUUUACUGUAUUAAAAGCCUUGUUGUGAGACUUGAAACAUGAAUCCACGUAUACAAAGACACACACACACAGAAAUACCUUGUCAACUUGGCUUUUGUAUCAGACAUCUCUCAGAUCUAGCUAUUUAUUGUGCAUGCUUUUUGUACGAUGGCUACAAUAAAUUGUAGUUUGUGGCCACAAUUGUUUUUGUCAUCCUGCCCUGUUGUGAAUAUAUAUACAGUAACAUGGCUCUAUCCUAUUUGGCCAAUGCUAUAAACAUAACUUGUUUGUCAAGCUAGUAAAAAUUAUGAUAAAAGUC